UUUUGAAGUCACACCACCACUUAAGAAGGUGUCUCCAACUGGAGAGAGGUUAAAAACUUAUUUGGGGAAAAAAAAAACCAGGACAACACAUUAGAAGAGCAGAUACAUUUCAUCUUUGAAGGCCUUGAUAUAUGUAUUAUUAUUAUUUAAGAUUAAAACAGAAGUAAGAUGAUCAUCAGAUGGACCCUAACAAUGUUCCUGAUUUUAACAGGUUUAAGGAUAACCAAUGCCUUGGCAACAACAUCAAGUUUGACACCUGCAACAACAAUGAAAGCAGCGACACCACAAGUGAAAACAGUGACUGAAACUACAGCAGAACCCACACCAUCAGAGGCAAUGACAGCAGUGACAACACCCGAUGAAACAACUCCAGAAUCCAGAAUAACUCCCAUGGCAACAGCUGGUGUAACAAUAGAAGAACCCACCACAUCAGAGGCAACAACUGCUGAAAUAACAACAAAAGAACCCACAAAAACUGAAGCUACAACUACAGUCACAACACCUUCUGAAACAACCAAAGAACGUCCAACAACUCCAACGACAAUACCUUCUAACACAACUGCAGAAUCCAGAAGAACUGCAACAACACCUGCUGAAGCCACAGCAGAACCUACAACACAGGAGACUACAACAGCAGUGACAACACCUGGUGAAACAACUGUACAAUCCAGAACAACUGCAGUGACAACAGCUGGUAAAACCACAGGAAAACCCACAACACUUGCUGAAACUACAGCAGAGGCAACAACUGCAGACAUAGCUGCAGUGACAACAUCUGCUGAAGCCACAGAGUCUACAACACCUGCUGAGUUCAUAACACCUGCUAAAACUACAGCAGACCUCACACCAUCAGAGGCAACAACUGCGGCGACAACACUCAGUGAUACAACAAUACUUUCAACGACAGCAGAAGAAACAACUGCAGUGACAACACCAGCCGAAAUUACAACAGAAGUCACACCAUCAGAGGCAACAACUGCUGUGACAACAGCUGCUGAAACCACGGCAGAACUCACACCAUCAAAGGCAACAACUGCAGUGACAACACCUGAUGAAACAACUACAGAAUCUAUGACUACAGUGACAACACCUGCUGAAAACACAGAAGAACCCACAACACCUGAUGAAACUACAGCAGAACCUACACCACCAGAGGCAACAACUGUGGUAACACCCGAUGAAACAACAAAACUAGCAACAACAGCAGAACCCACGACAGCAAAGGCAACAACUGCAGUGACAACACCUGCUGAAACUAUAGCAGAACUCACAUUAUCAGAGGCAACAACUGCAGUGACAACACUCAGUGAAACAACAACUAUUUCAACAACAGCAGAGGCAACAACUGCAGUGAUAACACCUGCUGAAACUACAGCAGAACUCACACCAUCGAAGGCAACAACUGCAGUGAUAACACCUGCUGAAACUACGGCAGAACUCACACCAUCAGAGGCAACAACUGCAGUGACAACACCUGAUGAAACAACUACAGAAUCUACGACUACAGUGACGACACCUGCUGAAAACACAGAAGAGCCCACAACACCUGAUGAAACUACAGCAGAACCUACACCAUCAGAGGCAACACCUGAUAAAACAACAAUACUAGCAAUAACAGCAGAAUUCACCACAGCAGAGGCAACAACUGCAGUGACAACACCUACUGAAACUACAGCAGAACUCACACCAUCAGAGGCAACACCUGUGGUGACAACACCUGCUGAAAACACGGAAGAACUCAUAACACCUGAUGAAACUACAGCAGAAAUCACACCAUCAGAGGCAACAACUGCAGUGACAACACUCAGUGAAACAACAACAAUUUCAACAACAGCAGAGGCAACAACUGCAGUGAUAACAGCUGCUGAAACCACGGCAGAACUCACACCAUCAGAGGCAACAACUGCAGUGACAACACCUGAUGAAACAACUACAGAAUCUAGGACUACAGUGACGACACCUGCUGAAAACACAGAAGAGCCCACAGCACCUGAUGAAACUACGGCAGAACCUACACCAUCAGAGGCAACACCUGAUAAAACAACAAUACUAGCAAUACCAGCAGAAUUCACCACAGCAGAGGCAACAACUGCAGUGACAACACCUACUGAAACUACAGCAGAACUCACACCAUCAGAGGCAACAACUGUGGUGACAACACCUGCUGAAAACACGGAAGAACUCAUAACACCUGAUGAAACUACAGCAGAAAUCACACCAUCAGAGGCAUCAACUGCAGGGAUAACAUCUGAUGAUACGACUAAAGAACUGACAAUGUCUACAGUGACCACACCUGCUGAAACAACCACGGAACCUAAAGCAACUGCCUUGACAACACCUGCUGAGACCACAGAAGAACUGAGAACAUCUGCUGAAACAACAAUCAUAGCAACAGCAAGCACAAAACUAGCAACAACAACACAAACUACAAUCACUGAAAUGCCUGCACUGAAGACAACAACCAACACUAAAACUUCUACAGAAGUGAAAACAACAGAAUCUACAGCCAUUGUAACCAAAAGAGUUACUUUCAGGUCUCUUCUCGGCACAUUCACAAAUGAUUUCCUGGAUCCUUUAUCAGCAGCUUUCCUGAGUAGAGCAAAUCUGAUAAAACAACAACUCGAGCCAAUAUUCCAGGAGGCUUUUCCUGUCUCUUUCAAGGUCCUGAUUAUAAUUUCAUUCAGAAGUGGGUCAAUCAUCAAUGAAAUGGAGGCUCAGUUCACAACCACAUCUACGCCAAGUAACAAUGACGUUUCAAGUGCCUUGUCCAAUGCAGCUUCAAGCGCUACCUUCACAGGCUUUGACAUUGAAACAAGCUCCAUUACUGUUGCUUCAACAACAACUGAUGUCACAACACCUGUAACAACCACAGCAGAAACCACGACAACAGAAGCAACAACGACAGGGACAACACCCUCUGAAACAACAACUGUCGCUACAACUGAGGUAACAGUUACAGUGACAACACCUACCGCAACAGCAACAACUGAAGGAGCAACUACACUGACAACACCCACUGAGACAACACAAUCAAUGACAGAAGCAGCAACUACCGAAGGAACAAGUGCAAGGACAGUAACAACAGAAGCAACAACUAUGGUGACAACACAUACUGAAAUGGAAGUAACAACUGAAGUGACAACGUCCACUGAAACAAUACAAGUAACAACAGAAGCAACAACUACAAUGACAACACCUGCUGAAACAGCGCUAGCAGCUACAACUACCGAGACAACACCUGCAGAAACAACAAAGUUAACGACAAGUGAAGCAACAUCUACAGUGGCAACACAGACUGAAACAACGCUAGCAACAACAUUUUUAUUAACAUCACACACUGAAACAACAGAACCCAAAACAACUGAAGCAAAAACUACAAUGGCAACAUCCACUGAAACAAUACUAGUAACAACAGAAGCAACAACAAUUUCAGUGACAACACCUGCUGAAACGACAACAGACCCGACAACGACUGAAACAAAAACAACAGUGGCAACACCUAUUCAAACAACAACUAUCGAUACAACUGAAGCAACAACUACAAUAACACCGGCUGAAACAACGCUAGCAGCAACAACUGCAGAGACAACACUUGCAGAAAUAACAAUGCUAACAACAACUGAAGCAACAUCUACAGUGACAACACCGACUGAAACAACGCUAGCAACAACAGUUUUAGUGACAACACCUACUGAAACAACAAGAGAACCCACAACAACUGAAGCAAAAUCUACGGUGGCAACAUCCACUGAAAAAAUACUAGUAACAACAGAAGCAACAACAAUUUCAGUGACAACACCUGCUGAAACAACAACAGACCCGACAACAACUGAAACAAAAACUACAGUGGAAACACCAAUCGAUACAACUGAAGCAACAACUACAAUGAUAACACCUGCUGAAACAACGCUAGCAGUAACAACUGCAGAGACAACCCUUGGAGAAACAACACUAACAACAACUGAAGCAACAACUACGGUAAAAACACCUACUGAAACUGAAGUUACAACUACAGAGACAACACCUGCAGAAAAAACAAUGCUAACAACAACUGAAGCAACAUCUACAGUGACAACACCGACUGAAACAACGCUAGCAACAACAGUUUUAGUGACAACACCUACUGAAACAACAAGAGAACCCACAACAACUGAAGCAAAAUCUAUGGUGGCAACAUCCACUGAAACAAUACUACAACAACAGUUUUAG